GCAAACUGUGCUCACGCGGAUCUGGAACUCUUUCUCCAAAUUUGAACUAUGCCAAAAUUAAAAUAUUACUGACUUCAGAUUGGACGCAGCUUUCAUGCGGCGAAAAAGUCUGAUGAGAAAAAGAGGAUUUUUUCACAUUUUGUUUAAUCUACCUAUGGGGAUUAUAUUCAACCUCGACUGAAUACAAUUCGUCCGCUUUUUGUUCCUUUCUUUCUGCAAAUCUCAGAAGCGUUUCCCCCCGCGGUAAAGUACUUUCUCAGCACAGUUGAGUAUUUCUUUCGUUCUACAUAUCUGUGUGUAGCCUAUGCUGUCACAUAUCGCUACAACCAUCUUAUUUAACUAUUAUUAAUAAUAUCUUAGAGCCUACCGCCUGAAGUUACUUUUUAAAUAGCCAACUUCACGGUCAUAUAGCCUAUUAUGUAACUUCAUUGUACAGUUCUGCGUCUAAUUUAACCAAAACGGACCGUAACUUCCGUCAUUGAAAUGUUUCUCGCUAAACACUAGAUCAAAGAAACAAUAUGGAAAAAAUAAUAAUUCAUUCUGUUGCGAUGAUGAGGGCCUUUGUCAUAAAUCUCCUUCAUAUGCAACAGUAAAAUAAUUAGAUAGAAACAGAUCCAGCCAAUGCAAUAAUUUGCUUUUGUUUUAAUGUGAGCGCUGAAUGGUAUUGGCAAGCUGGUACCACAAACCCGUUGUUCUUAUUGUAACGCUAUGUAUGUAACAGGGUAGAUUUAUGCACACACGAGUUUUAUUAUCCGAGGUUUACUUACUUAUGACCAUUCUGACUGUUAUACAAACCAACGGUAAGCUAAAUAAUGAUACAACAUAUACAGUUGGCGAGCUUUAUUUAAAACGCGUAAACCUUUUUGGAAGUGCAUCAUAACUAAGAAACCAGAACACAACGUACGUCUUAAACACAUGUUUGAAAUAAGUGCUUAAAGUAGGUUUUCAAUGCAGUAGCCUAAUUCCCCUAUCUUGUGUAGCCUAUUGGACGUAACGUGACUCAAGACAAAGAGCUGCAGCUCAGUGGCCCUUGAUAGUGCUCCUAAAUUAAAACAAAACUAUUCGGAUUAUAAGUAGUCCAAAUAUCGCAUAUUAAUUCCUCCAGGGAAACCGAGUGAGAAGACUGGGCAGGACAUCAGGCCAGGUCAGUCAAGAUAGUGUUUUUAUUGUAUAUUUUCUUCAAAUUUUGACAGAAAACCGCAAACAAUAGAAGAGCGUCGUUUUACUUCUUAAUCACACAGUCAACUGCCACAGCCAAUCAUUUGAAAAUCUUAAUAAGUAAAAGGAAAAUGGUCGCGACGAAACCUCAGACAGUGUGGUUCACGCACCUGGCCGUGCUCCUGCUCGAGCUGGCUGGCACCGUGCAAGGUUUUUCCACGUGCCAGUCUUUCGACUUGGACGAUUACAAGUCUAAGCGAAUAGAGGCGGUGAGGGGACAGAUUCUCAGCAAGCUCCGCAUUAGGGGGAUACCCGAACCGGACACCAGCCCGCCACCCGAAGACGUGCCCCUUGAGGUAAUGCUGCUCUACAACAGUACCCGGGAGCUGCUGAAGGAGCGUGCGCAACAGGCCGAAUCAGCCUGCGAACGUGAAAGCAGCGAGGAGGAUUACUAUGCUAAGGAAGUACAACGUGUGGACAUGCAACCACCUAUUAUUGACACGAAUGUGAUUAACAGUGGCCCCCCUAGCCCAUAUUUUCGGAUAUUGGGGUUUGAUGUCACUCAGGUGGAAAGGAACUCUAGUACUCUUGUCAAGGCAGAGUUCAGGAUCCACCGUGUACCAAACCCCGGUGCCCAAGCUUUAGAACAGAGGAUAGAGAUAUACCAGCUUUUGAAGUCCCGUGAUGCCGCUGCCCCUUCUCAGCGCUACAUUGACUCCCGAACUGUACGUCCACGUGCCAAGGGGGCAUGGCUGUCAGUCGAUAUCACUGACACAGUCAAGGAAUGGCUGACACACAGAGAUAGAAACCUGGGGCUGAAGCUAAGUGUCCACUGUCCGUGCUGCACCUUUGUCCCGUCCACCAACAACAUAGUGCCCAACAAGACAGAGGAGCUGGAGGCCCGCUUUGCAGGUAUUGACGAUGAUUUAGUCAAGCAGAUAAAGAGGCCAGGGGCUGUCAAAGGUCAGAUAGAGUUUAGCACCAAGACCCCCCACCUUAUUCUCACUCUGCUGCCGAGCGACAGGCUGGAGAACCCGGGCAAGAAGAACCGCAAGAAGAGAGCGGCAGCUGACAACCCCACCUGCUCCCGUAAUGCUGAUCAGGGUUGCUGUCUCCGAUCCUUGUACAUUGAUUUCCGUCGUGACCUGAACUGGAAGUGGAUUCAUGAGCCCAAAGGCUACAAGGCUAAUUUCUGUGCUGGAACCUGCCCCUACUUGUGGAGUGCAGACAGCCAUUACAACAUGAUUCUGCCCCUCUACAACAAGCUGAACCCCGAGGCCUCCGCUUCCCCGUGCUGCGUGCCCCAGGACCUGGAGCCCCUCACCAUCGUGUACUUCAUGGGUCGCACCCCCCGCGUCGAGCAGCUCUCCAACAUGGUGGUGAAGUCCUGCAAGUGCCGCUGACGCAGGGGCGGGCCGCGUGGAGGACUUGGGUGGGGGCGUGUGUGUGUGCGGUGACGGCGGUGAGGCUGAGGGAGGCACUGAGUGAGGUAAGCGCAGGGAGAGGGUGAGGCGGUGGCGUACCAACACGCUGCAGCACUGGCUGGCUGGCAUUGUGGCAGAGACGGCCACUCCAUGAAUCAAAGCUGCUGCUGCUGCUGCUGGCAGAUGGAACGGGGAAUGAGAGAGAGAGAUAGAGAGAGAGAGAGAGAGAGAUAUGGAGCUUCAGCUGGGAGGGUUUCUCUGUCUCGCACCUUACUUUUUUUUUUUUCUGUUCCUCACGUACGUUGACAACAUAAGAUAUUUACAAGUUUAACUGGCUACAAUGCUCAAGAAAGUGCUCUACAGUCCUCUUUUUUUCAAAACGUUUAACUUUAACUGUACUGUAGUACCUGGUCAAUUUGAGAUCAGUAUUCUUGCAAUAAUCCUGUAGUACUGUAGCAUAAACCAGAUUUGGUUCCUGUAUGAUGUGGUCAUGGUUAUAAUAAGCAACAAUUUCAGUAUUGUUAUCGAAAUCACAAAUAAUUGUUUUCUUCUGCAAUGAGUAUUUCCUGGUUAAUCAGUCAUACCAAGGCAUGGAGCAUUGCUGAAAAUUGUUUUUUGGCUAAAAGUUAAGAACGGAAGCACAAAAAAAAGUAAAUCCAUUCCCAGAACUAUUCACCUUGCUUCUCCAAACAAAUUCAACCAAAUUACGUUGUUUAGUCCCUGCUCUGAAAAAGAAUUCAGGAACGGUGCAGACUACACCACAGUAAUAACUUGCCAUGUAAAUAAACUGCUCACCGCUGCAUUGUAGACAGUACCUUCUUAAAAUGGAUUUACAACUCUAUGAAACGGUGAAGGGGGAAUUUUCCUGCCAGACAGAAGGGGACAGCGUGUUCAUCUUCCUGAAUAUUGUAUACACUCUCUGAAACUGUAAAUAGUGUAGCCAGUCAAAAUAAAGUGGUAUUUAUGUUCAA